AUGAACGCUCCACGCUGGGCCCGGCCCGAGGCCCUGCUGCUGCUCUUGCUCCUGGACUGGACCAGCUCCACCUUCAUCACUGUGAACCGAGGGAUGAGGGUGAUGAAGGGCAGUUCCGCCGUCCUGUCGGCAGAAGACCUGAAGUUUGCCAUCCCCAGGGAGAAAGACGCCUGCAAAGUGGAGGUGGUGAGGAACGAGCCGAUAACCCAGAGGGUUGGAAAGCUCACCCCACAGGUCUUUGACUGCCAUUUCCUUCCCAAUGAAGUAAGGUAUGUUCACAAUGGGUGUCCGAUCCUUGAUGAAGAUACUGUGAAGCUUAGGCUUUACAGAUUUACUGAAACAGACACAUUCAUGGAAACCUUUGAGCUGCAGGUCCAUCUCCUAGAACCAGACUGUAACAUCAUCCACAUGAAUGACAAAGUGCUGGAGGUGUCUGAAUUUUAUGGCCUGUCCAGAACCAUCGAUAAGAACCUGCUCAGCUUUGAUUAUGACAGGACAGCCAACCUGGAAUGUACCAUCAGGCUAGACCCCCUGACAACCCUGCUGCCAGCCCAUGGCCAAAUGGUUGUGGUGGAACCUCUUCCAGAAGGACCUCGUGGAGAUCAGCCACACAGUUUUUUCCCCGAGUCCCAACUGGGAACAGAACUGAAGUGUCCAGGUGGAAGCUGUGCCCUGGGAUUGAAGAAAAUAGGAAGUCUCAAAGUGAGCUGUGAGGAGUUCCUGCUGAUGGGGCUUCGUUAUCAACAUAUGCAGCCCCCUUCCCCCAACAUUGAUUAUAUCCCCAUCCAACUGGACCUCAUGGACAGCAGGAGUAAAAUCGUGUACAAGAUUGAGCUGGAGGUGUUGGACUUCUUCUUUGGGAAGAGUGCCCCCAUCGUAGUCCACAUUUCCAUCCGAACAGCAGACACCAAUGCUCCCCGAGUGUCCUGGAAUACAGGUCUGGACCUCCUGGAGGGGCAGUCUCGGGCCAUCACCUGGGAACAGUUUCAGAUUGUUGACAAUGAUGACAUUGGUGCUGUCCAGUUGGUCACUGUCGAUGGCCUGCGGCAUGGACGCCUUACCGUAAGAGGGGAGAAAGGAUUCCUCUUCACUGUGGCUGACCUUCAAGCUGGAGUUGUUCGCUAUCAUCACGAUGACAGCGACUCCACCAAAGACUUUGUGGUAUUCAGGAUAUUCGAUGGUUUUCACAGCACCCGCCACAAAUUUCCCAUCAAUAUCUUACCCAAAGAUGACAGUCCUCCAUUCCUUAUAACCAAUGUUGUGAUUGAACUGGAAGAGGGGCAGACCAUCCUGAUCCAAGGGUCCAUGCUGAGAGCUUCAGACAUGGACUCCAGUGAUGACUACAUCUUCUAUAAUAUCACAAAGCCCCCACAGGCUGGAGAGAUCAUGAAGAAGCCAGGGCCAGGACUGACAGGCUACCCUGUCCAAGGCUUCCUUCAGAGGGAUCUGUUUAAUGGAAUCAUUUCCUAUCGUCACUUCGGUGGAGAAAUAUUUGAAGAUUCUUUUGAAUUUGUCCUGUGGGACAGCCAUGAGCCUCCAAAUCUGUCAGGGCCACAGGUCGUGACAAUCCAUAUCAUUCCAGUAGAUGACCAGCUUCCAAAAGAGGCUCCUGGAGUCUCUCGACAUUUGGUUGUUAAGGAAACAGAGGUGGCCUACAUAACCAAGAAGCAUCUACAUUUCCUAGAUAUGGAAUCAUGUGACAGAGAGCUGCUCUACACAGUAACAACACCUCCAUUUUUCUCUUUCGGCCCCAGACACUCGGAUGCUGGGAAGUUAUUCAUGGUGGACAGCAUACCGAAGCUAACCAAAAACCCAGUAGCCCUGGGAUUAAGGUCAUUUACUCAGCAUGCUGUGAACCAUAUGAAAGUAGCCUACAUGCCCCCUAUGCAAGAUAUUGGGCCCCAUCUCCAACACGUCCAGUUUACAGUUUCUAUCAGUAACCAACAUGGUGGCACUUUGCAUGGGAUAUGCUUUAACAUUACCAUUCUUCCAGUGGACAAUCAAGUUCCUGAGGUCUUCACCAACUCUCUGAGAGUGGCUGAGGGACGUCAAUGCAUCGUGGACACAGAGCACAUCCAUGUUUCUGAUGUGGACACCCUACUGGACAAUAUCUACCUCUCUCUGACAGGGACCCCGCUGAGUGGAAGGGUGGAGCUGAAUGGAUUUCCCCUAAAUCCAGGGGAUACAUUUUCUUGGAGCGACCUUCAUACCUUAAAAGUUAGGUAUCAACAUGAUGGAUCUGAGGUUCUUCAGGAUGACAUAUGUUUGGAGGUCACAGAUGGCAAAAAUUCAGCAGAAUUUGUUCUACAUGUUGAGGUAUUCCCUGUAAAUGAUGAGCCACCAGUCCUAAAGGCUGACCUCAUAGCCGUUAUGCCUUGCCUUGAGGGUGGAGAGGUGGUCAUCACCCCUGAAUAUCUUGGUGCUACUGACAUGGACAGUGAUGACUUGACACUGGUGUUUAUGAUUGUUGGAGAACCUCGGCAUGGGAUGGUGAGGAAGGCUGGAGUGAGCGUGGACAGGUUCUCUCAGGCCGAUGUUAUCUCAGGGGCAGUGACAUACAGACACACAGGUGGUGAGAUUGGCCUGGUACCUUGUUUUGACACCAUUACAUUGGUGGUUUUGGAUGGAGAAGCCAGCCCUGUUAUCAAUGGCUGUUGCUACCACAGGCCUGAUCCAUCAGCUCUUCAUGAAGCCUUUCCAGUGUAUGAUCUCAAUAUCACAGUGCAUCCAGUAGACAAUCAACCACCUUCCAUUGAAAUUGGUACCAUGUUCGUUGUAGAUGAAGGCUUCUCUGCAGCCAUUACCAUUAACCACUUGUCUGUCACUGACCCUGACACUGCUGCAGAUGACUUGGAAUUUGUUUUGGUUUCUCCUCCUCAAUUUGGCUACCUUGAAAACACACUCCCUUCUGCUGGUUUUGAGAAAAGCAACAUGGGCAUCAGUAUAUCUUCAUUUCAGUGGAGAGACAUGAAGUCUUUGCACAUUAACUAUGUGCAAUCCAAGCAUCUGAGGAUAGAACCAACUGCCGAUCAGUUCGUGGUCUCUGUUACAGACGGGUCACAACGCUCCUCUGAGACAUCAUUUUACAUUCGAAUCAACCCCACCAAUGAUGAGGCCCCUGACUUUGUAGUGCAGAACCUUACCGUGUGCCAGGGUGGAAUGGUAGAGCUGGAUUCUUCCAUCAUCAGUGCUGCUGACCUGGACAUUCCUAAGGACCACUUACUCUUCAGCAUCUCUCAGAAACCACAUCAUGGUCUCCUCAUCCAUGGGGGACCCAGUGAAAACACUCCUCCAAAUAACCAGCUAGCCAACCCUCACCAGAAACAUGAGCUCAUCCAUAACUUUUCCAUGGACCUUCUUAAGACUGGACUGAAGCUGUCAUAUGUGCACGAUGGCUCAGAGGGCCUGGCUGAUGACUUUGCAGUCCAGUUGUCAGAUGGGAAACACAAGAUAGUUAAAAUGAUUUCAGUAGAGGUCUUUCCAGUUAAUGAUGAGAAACCAACAUUAAGCAAGAAGGCUGAAGUUGUGGUGAAUGUGGGUGAUACUCGUAUCCUGUCAAGUGCUGUCCUUUCUGCAAUAGAUAAAGACUCCCCCAGGGAGAAGAUUUACUAUUUAUUUGAAAAGCUUCCCCAAAAUGGACAACUUCAACUUAAGAUAAGGAGGGGCUGGGUCCCUCUCUCCCCUGGCAUGAAAUGCACCCAGAUGGACGUGGAUCUGAACUUGCUGAGGUAUACACACACGGGGGCAAUUGACUCCCACGAUGGAGAUAGCUUUACCUUCUACCUCUGGGAUGGUGACAACAGAUCACCUGCAUAUGAUUGUCACAUCACCAUUAAGGACAUGGGAAAAGGUGACAUCGUCAUUCUUGCAAAACCACUGGUGGUGUCUAAAGGUGAUCGGCGGAUCCUGACGACCUCCACGCUCCUGGCUGUGGAUGCAACAGACAGGCCUGAGGAACUGGUGUAUGUCAUCACCUCCCCGCCACAGCAUGGCCAGGUGGAAUAUGUCCGCUAUCCUGGAGUUCCCAUCACAAGCUUCAGUCAAAUGGAUGUUGCAGGACAGACAGUUUGCUACGUUCACAUGAGCAAGGCAGCAGUUUGCCAUGACAGCUUCAGAUUCAUCAUCAGUAAUGGACUGCAGACAAAGCAUGGGGUGUUUGAAAUCAUACUGGAGACUGUGGACAAAGCCUUGCCUGUGGUAACCAGAAACAAAGGGCUGAGGUUGGCUGAAGGGGCCAUGAGUCUGCUCUCCCCUGACCAACUCCAAGUGACUGACCCAGAUACCUCUGCAGAAAACCUCACCUUCAUCCUGGAUCAGCUCCCACAGCAUGGCCAGCUCUACCUAAGGGGGUCAGUGCUGAUCCAACUCAAUUUCACUCAGCAGGAUGUGGACAGCAGGAAGGUGGCCUAUCAGCAUUCAGGAGGUCACUCUCACACAGACUGCUUUACUUUUGUGGUCACAGAUAGGACAAACCGUGGCUUUGUUGUGGAUGGGAGAGUGCAGGAAGAGCCUGUUUCAUUCACCAUUCAGGUAGACCAGUUGGACAAAACAGCCCCCCGGAUCACACACUUGCAUUUCCCUUCUCAAGUGAGCCUCCUAAAAAAUGGCUGUUAUGGGAUUUACAUCACUUCCCAUGUGCUGAAGGCAUCAGACCCCGACACUGAGGAUGAUGAGAUUAUCUUUAAGAUUUUACGAGGUCCACUACAUGGACAUCUGGAGAACACAACAACAGACCUUGAGGCCAUUUGGAUCUGUCGAGAGGUGUUGAUGGGUCUAUGUUUGUUAUGUUUGGAGUUGAAGUGGUCUCAUAUUGAAUGGUCACAGUCUGAAUAUGAAGUCUGUGAAAAUGUGGGUAUGUUGACCUUGGAAGUUACCAGAAGGGGCUAUUCCAUGGAUUCGGCCUUCGUGAGCAUAAAGGUCAACCAAGUGUCAGCGACAGUUGGAAAAGAUUUCACAGUGACUCCAUCCAAACUCAUUCAGUUUGAUCCAGGAAUGUCAACUAAGAUGUGGAAUAUAGCAAUUACCUAUGACGGAUUAGAGGAAGAUGAUGAGGUCUUUGAAGUAAUUCUGAACUCCCCUGUGAAUGCAGUUCUUGGCACGAAGACAAAAGCUGCAGUGAAAAUUUUGGACUCAAAAGGAGGACAGUGCCUGACUUCCUAUUCCUCUAACCACAGCCAGCACAAGGCAUGGGAAAAGGGUGUUUGGCCCUUUUUGCCCUCUGGCUCCUCCUCAUCCAUUCCUGGUGGUUUCCCUCAUCUGGAAAGAAGAUACCCUUCAUCUUCUAAGCAGCUAGUGGUCACCAAGGGGAGCACCCUGCGGAGCUUUGAUGCUGCAGUUCUUUCUCAGAGGAAGCUCAGGACCCAUGGGAAUGGCAAGGCAGUUUUACCAUCCUCUGUUUAUAAAAAUGGAACAGACAUCAUCUAUAAUUACCAUGGGGUGGUUUCUUUGAGACUGGAAGAUGACAGUUUUCCCACUCACAAAAGGAAGGCUACAGUAUCCAUCCUGAGUCAGCCACACAGGAGAGUCAAAGCAGCAGAGCUGCCUCUGGCAGAGACAGAAUCCACAAGUGCCUCACACUUCCCCAGACAGAACCAGUUGCCAUCAUUCCCAAAGAAUUGCAUGGUGGAGAUAAAGGGACUCCUCCAUUUUGAAGAAAGUAACCAGAAACUGUAUCAAUGCAAUGGAAUUGCCUGGAAAAUCUGGAGCCCCCAAACCAAGGAGGUGGAAGACAAAUCCUGCCCAGCUGGAUGGCACCUUCACUCAGGCUACUGCCAUACCUUGAUCACGGGACAGAAGAGCACCUGGGCCCUGGCCACGCGAGCUUGCAGGGAACAACACCUGGGCAACCUUGUCACUGUAUUCUCCAGGCAACACAUGCAGUGGUUGUGGCACAUCAGUGGAAAAAAACCCUUUUGGAUAGGAUUGAAUGACCAAGAGCAUGCUGGCCGCUGGGUGUGGAUUGGUGGUGAACCUGUUGUCUUCACCAACUGGAGGAGAGGGCGCCCUCAAAACUCAAGGCCUGGAAAGAAUUGUGUUUUGGUGCAAAAACAAGGGAAAUGGCAAACAAAGAACUGCGGGAAGGGCAAGCCUCACAAUUUUAUUUGUUCCUGGAAACUUUAA